GCAGUUUUUGGCCUAGUCGUCCCUUUUCUUUUGAGGUUUAAUGACAUGAUGUCCGUUUUACCGUCAAGCUUACAGUGGGAGCACGAAACCCGGAAGAGGAGCGCGUGCUGGGGGGGCGGACCUACCGAGGCGCAAGAGAAAGAGAGAGAGGAACGCGAGAACAGUGUCAAGCCUUGGAGACCUUAAUUAUUCCCUGAGGAGCCAUCACUAUCAUUGUUUUAUUUUUUUACUCUUAUUUUUUUCUGCCCUUUUUAAGCUAGAUUUUAAAAAUAUCAACGCGAUAAAUGUUUUUACGCAUUUAGCUUAUUUAAAUACUCGGAACUUUAGCGGCCAAUGGAGAGACAGAUCACGCGCGCUGGAUAGGAAAGCGAAAACUUCAGUGACGACUUGCACUUGACGUUUAUUUAUUUCUAUUUAUAUAAUAAGUGGAGUUUUAUGAAUGCAUAUAUGUUGCGGUUGGUUUUUUAAUUUAUUUCGGACGCAUGGAUCGCAAGGUGAAGUACAAAAGUAUUGUUUCAGAAAUAUGAACUUUGCACAUCAGUGUCGUCGUCGGGGAUUUGCGGUAUAUUGUCCAAAUGCCUCUGUAUAAUUAAUUCAGAGAGCUUAUAAUGAAAGCGACAUUAUUGCACGGAGUUUAGUAGGAACUGCUGGGAGUGAGAUUUCUUCACCGCAAACAAAAAAAGGGACAGCUCAGGCUUGUACAGCUCAUGACACAAGAAGGAAUAAUAAUAUCGGGUUUUGUGAAUUAUAUGUUUCCACUGGCAAAAUGACUGUCAAGAUGGAUUUUGAAGAGUGUUUAAAGGACUCCCCCAGGUUCAGGGCAGCCAUUGAGUCAGUGGAGGGGGAUGUGAAUGAACUGGAGACACGUCUCGAAAAGUUGGUGAAGCAGUGUAACGCCAUGCUGGAAGCAGGCCGAGCAUAUUGCCAGAGCAGUAAGAGCUUUGUAAAUGGACUCAGGGAACUUGGAUUUCAUCUCUCUGGAGACACAACCAUGGGGAGCUGUUUGGAUAAGUUCUCCAAGACGCUGAACAACAUCCUUAUGGCUCAGGAGGAGCUCAUUGAAAGCACACAGAAGUCAGUGAAACUGAAGCUGCAGAGUUUUGUGAAAGAUGAUGUCAAACGCUUUAAAGAUGCACGUAAGGAAUUUGAGCGCAGCAGCGAGACUCUGGACGCAGCUUUGGGAAAGAAUGCUCAAGCCCCACGGGGAAAGCUGCAUGAGGUUGAGGAGGCCAGUCAGGCCUUAACUCAUGCCCGUAAAGCCUUCAGAUCAGGGACUCUGGACUAUGUACUGCAGAUUAAUGUUAUUGAGUCCAAGAAGAAGACUGAUAUUCUGAUGGCGAUGCUCUCGCUGAUGGAAACCCAGGCUGCGUUCUUCCAGCAGGGUCAUCAGUCCCUCACAGAACUGGAGGAGUAUCGUAAGCAACUAAGCAAUGAGUACACACAACUAGUUCUAAACUCUGCAAGAGAUAAGAGGGACAUGGAGCAGAGACAUGGUGACAUCAAGAAAAAGGAUGAAUCGUAUGAUGAAUCAGUCUUGGACUUCAGUCCAGACGCAUCCAGUGGAAUUGCCAUGGAGGGUUACCUGUACAAGAGAGCCAGCAAUGCCUUCAAAACCUGGAGCAGGCGCUGGUUUUCCAUUCAGAAAAACCAACUGGUCUAUCAAAAGAAAUUCAAAGAGAACCCCACUGUGGUGGUGGAAGACUUGCGCCUGUGCACAGUGAAACCGUGUGCUGAACAGGAGAGAAGGUUCUGCUUUGAAGUCGUCUCACCCUCCAAGAGCUGUCUAUUGCAAGCAGAUUCAGAGCGACAGCAGCAAGGCUGGAUGAGCGCUGUGCAGAACAGCAUUGCUUCAGCAUUUCAGGAGAGGAGAGAGGACACAUGCAGCCCUAGGGAACGCUGCAGCUCCGUGUCAGCAGGCAGUGUGAAUUUGGGUUUUGGAGAGCAGAAGGACUAUAAAGCCCUGGAGGAGGUGCAGGCUAUACCUGGGAACAGCCAGUGCUGUGACUGUGGAGAACCAGGACCGGACUGGGCCUCCAUUAACCUGGGCAUAACACUCUGUAUCACCUGCUCUGGAAUACACAGGAGUCUGGGUGUCCAUUUCUCGAAAGUACGCUCUCUAACUCUGGACUCAUGGGAGCCGGAACUCAUAAAACUGAUGUGUGAGUUGGGAAACGCUGCCAUUAACCGGAUCUACGAGGCACGCAUUGAUGAGAUCACGAUAAAGAAACCACACCCUUCCAGUCCCAGGCAGGAUAAAGAGUCGUGGAUACGUUCAAAAUAUGUGGAGAAAAAAUUCAUCCACAAGCUUCCUGAAACAGGGCGUGGGACACCACUGCGUCGCUCCAGCGCACGCCGUCAUCGAGCAACAACACAAGACAAACAAACCCAACGUCCUCCCCUCAAACCCAAACCCAACAGAGCCACCCUGGCACGGAACACAGGUCUGACUCCAACUGAAAUCAUGAACAGUACCGGCUCUCAUAAAGAUGAGGAAGAAGAGGAGGAUUUGAGCGGUCUUCACCCUGGCGCUCUGCUCUACCGUUCUGCAGCACUUCAGCAUUUUCCCGUUAUGGCUGAUGCUCUAGCUCAUGGAGCAGAUGUUAACUGGGUUAACACGGCUGAGGAAAGCAAAACUCCUCUCAUACAGGCCGCAACCGUGAAUUCUCUGGCAGCGUGUGAGUUCCUGCUGCAGAACGGCGCUAAUGUAAACCAGGCCGACUCAAACGGAAGAGGACCCUUACACCACGCUACUAUACUGGGACAUACAGGGCUGGUGUGUUUGUUUUUAAAGAGAGGAGCUGACUACAACAAAAAGGACAUCAGCCAAAAAGACCCGAUCAGCAUAGCAGUAGAGAGUGCCAACGCUGAUAUUGUUACACUCCUCCGAAUAGCCAAGAUGAACAAGGAGAUGCGGGAGAUGGAUGGCUUCGCCCAAUCAGGUGACGAGACCUAUCAUGAUAUCUUUAGGGAUUUCUCCCAAAUGGCUUCCAACAACCCUGAGAAGCUGAAACGUCGCAGUGCUGAUAUUAAAACUCCAUAACCUCCAGGUGCAAGACUGUACCUGUUUCUCUCACUAUAUUUAAUAUACAGACAAUGGCUGGAUUUCAUUUUUCAUAAUCUUCUUAUUUCAUAAGUGUGUCUUGUUUUUCUGCCUUGUCAUCACCUGGCUGAUGUAACACACACACACACACACACACACACACAUACAGUUAUGAAAUCUGUAAGGCAUGGUAUCAUCCUUGAUCUUUGAGCCUAUGUCCCAUUAGGUCACUGUGCAGCUUGAUUCGGUUUAGCUAUAUUCAACUGCACUGCUGUAGUUCUAGCUUUGCUCUGUGGUCAUCAGUGUUUUCUGGACUGUAUAACAGGACAGAGAGGGCAGUCAACUCUUGGUUGUCUCAAUCAAAUUAUUCUGAUCAUGGUUUCUAUACAUUUUUUUUUUAUUAAAGUAAUACAGCAAAUUUGUGUUGUAUGUUUUGAGAGAUAUCUGAUAUCUCCGUUUCAUAUAUUGGUCUGAAAAGUUUUAAUUCCACAUUCUGGGGAAAACACAGCUUCUUGUCCAAACCAUGCAUUAGUCAUAUAGAUGAACUGUUAAUUCCAAGCAAGUGUUUUUCAUUUCCUUUUUAUGACCAAAAUGACAAUUUUUUUUCAAACAGUGUGAUAUCUGUGCAUGUCUUUUUAACAGAAACAAAAGAUUUAUACAUGAUCUCUCCAGAGAAACAGUAGAAAAAUAAACUUGCUUGCCUCCAUUUA